AAAGAAAAAAAAAACAUUCAUAUACAACCAAACCCCAAUUCACUGCCUCCUAGCACCCACCCAUCAACCUAAACAUAAGCAAGCCCAAUCCAUACUCAACCCCACCAUGUCCCCACUAAACACCCACGCCCAAACCCUCCCCGGAACAUGGACUCUAACCGACUACCGCGCCCGCAGCGAUGACGGCAGCAACCCGCUCUUCCCGCUCGGUCCCAACCCCCGUGGCAUCAUCAUCUACACCGACGCCGGGUCCGUCGCCGUCCAUCUCAUGAAGCCCGGCGCACCGCAUGUCAACUCCCCUACGCCGCACGAUGGUCCGGAUGACGAGCUGGCCCAGGCUAUGCGGCACAGCCUCGCCUAUGCGGGGUCUUAUACACUACAGCCGAUGGAAAACAACAAUGAAUGUUUUAUAAUUAAUCACCAGGUAGAUGUGGCCCUGUUUCCGAAUUGGGUUGGGGGGCUUCAGAGUCGGGUGGGAAGGUUCGAGCAUGAUGGGGGAGAGAGGUUGGUCUUGGAGGCGCAGACGAAGUUUCCGUUUCAGGGGACGUGGUAUACGUCAGUGUUGACUUGGGAAAGGGCGACGAAGAGGCCUGUUUUGGGAUAGGUUGGGGGGCUUCCUGUGGUAUGGGGUAUAAGGAACCGGAUGGGAUCGGGAGCGAGCGGCUGAUAUUUUUGCUGGCCUUCAGGAAUAUGCCAAAGCAUGAAUAUAAAUCUCUGAUAGUAUCCCUCCCUUGCUCGGUCUUAACCUUUGGGCUUAUCUCGUUUGGAUGGGCUGCUGACUGCUGUCAUCAUGAUUGUUGUCG